AUGCCUUCACGUUUAACUUUCAAAGGGGAUAAAAAAGUUCACAAAAAGGGAAAAAAAUCCACAAAGUCUUUACAGUCAGCUGUGGAGUCUCAAAAGAAUGAUCCAAUAUGGAUCGAUGCUAACACCAUGGAGGACCUCCAUGGUCCACUGGUGUUAUACCAAAGGCUCGAUACCAUGGUAAUUUCCUUGGGAAUAGAAGAGGUACAAGGAAGUUGCGUAGGAAUUUUUCUGGAUCCUCUUUCUUUAGAACCUGACAACACAAGACAAGUAUUCGUCGCUUCCGAUAUGAAUGGUAACGUUGUCCUGAAAAGCUUCCUUAUGAAGUAUCUUUCUGCUGGCAAAGAGGGAGACUUGUUCAGCAGACGAGAAGCCAUUGGAGCUGAAGAACAGUGGCAGCUUGAAUACUUACAUGAUGGCUAUUGGGCUUGGAAAAGUAUGUCUAAUAACAAAUACCUCGAAUGCUUGCUAAAUGAAAACGACACCUACGUGUUUCGCUGUACGUCUGAUACGGUUACUUUCACUUCAAAAUGGAGAGUACGAGUCCAAACUAGAUUCGUCAAACGACCCUCAACUCAGAACAUAAAAACAUCUACUGUACAUUCUCAGCAAUUGGAAGCUAUGGCUGGCAGGCCGUUAUCUGCAGAUGAAAAAAAGGCUCUUAAGCAGGCUAGCAAAGAUGGUUCUCUACAUGAAGCUCUGCUAGACGUUCGAGUCUCAAAAAAAAGCGACAAAUAUGGGUAG